UGAUCUGCCGCCAACUGUUUAAAAAUAACACCACUGUCAUCAUGUUUUGAUAUAUAUUUAAUACACCAAUAAAAUUUAUUUUGAUACAAAAUGGAUGCGUUGGUAGGAGAGGAUCAAACACUGCCGUUUGACAUCAAUCUAAGCUGUAGUAUUUCCAGACUGCCAGAGUCUCUGAACAGCACCAACUUCAACACGGACAACAUGACAGCUCCUCUGUUUCCAGGACAGAGGAUGUCUCCAGCCAAAGCUCUGACCAUGAAGGAUUACGAGAACCAAAUCACAGCUCUAAAGAAAGAAAACUUUAACCUGAAGCUCAGGAUCUAUUUCCUGGAAGAGCGUGUGCAGCAGAAAUGUGAUGAUUCCACCGAAGACAUUUACAAAACGAACAUUGAACUAAAGGUGGAGGUGGAGUCAAUGAAAAGAGAUCUGGCUGAGAAACAGGAACUGCUUGUGUCUGCUUCGAAAGCGUUGGAGAGUUUUGCAAGUCGAGGUGUUUAUGAUGGCCGAGAGCAGAUGAAGAGAGAAAUGGACUCACUCAGAGAAGCUUUCAGCGCUCGGAUUCAAGACCUGGAGGAGUCUCUGCAAUCUGCUCAAGAGGAACUGGAAAACAUGGCCAUCAUUGCUGAACAGGAGAAGCUGAAGAAUCUUAGAUUGGAGAAAGAGCUGCAAGGCGCCAACCAAUCAGGGCCCUCAACUGGCUCAGUCUCCACCCCUGAACAUGUCAGAGAGCUCCAGCAGGCUCUUCAGGAGAAGGAGAGUGUUAUUCUGGAACUGCAAGUGUCACUAAAAGAUCAAGACGCUCUGAUUAGAGAGUUUCGGAGGAAUGGUCCAGACCAGCCAAUAACGGAGCAGAUUGCCCAAUUAAACUCUCUGAUUGGCCAAAAGGAUGGACAACUGCAGGCUCUUGGGGAAGAAAUAGAUCGUGAAAGAGGAAAUGCAGAACAAGACAAGCAGGUGGUUGUAGAAAGGCAGAAUGAAAUGGAGCAGAAGACCAGACAGCUGACUGAAGAACUCAACAUGGCCAAGAGCAGCAACCAGACGCUCAAACGCAUGCUGGAAGAGACCGAGAGAGAGAAGAAGGCUCUUUCUGAUGAGCAGCAGGAGAGAGAGAUCGAGCUGGCAGCAGAGAAGAAGAACUCUGUAAAACGAGAUAAAACCAUCCAGGGCCUCAGUCUGGUCCUCAAAGAGAAGGAGAAAGAGAUUGAGGAUUUGUCUCAUGAUCUUGAGGACCGGAAUCAGGCUCUGGCCAAAGCUCGAGAGGCCCUUCAUAAAGCCAAAUUACAAAAAUAUCAGGGAGCUGAAGAUCAGCAGUCUCUUCUCCUCGAGCAGCAGGCUGAAUUAUCGCGGCUCCAGACAGAGGCUCACUCAUCGCUGCUGGAAGCCCAGCGGCUGCAGCGUGUUCUGGGCAGCAGAGAUUCAGAGCUCUCCCUCCUUCAGCAGGCCAAACUACAGCUGGAACAGGAACUGGAACAACUCCAACAGCAGAAGAAGAAAGGAGACAAGACUAUUAAUGAUCUGCAGAACCAGUUAAAGAAGCUGAACGGUGCUCUGACUGACAAAGAGAACACUCUAGAACGACAGCAUCUGGAAAAGCAGGAACAGAACCGAGCUUCUGAGCAAAAACUUCAGAACACCAUAGACCGUCUCACAGCAAACCUCAAUCAUAAAGACCAGCACCUACAGGACUAUAUGAAUUUGGUGAGAGAUCUGGAGAAGAACAAAACUCAGGAUGGAAGUGAUGUCAUGAUGGCUAAACUGAGAGUAUGGCUGAAGGAGAAAGAGAAAGCUCUUGAGAAAGCACUGGAUGAUAAGUUUGUUGCGGUGGAGGAGAAAGAAAAUGAGAUCCAUUUGUUACAGCUGAGUGUGAGAGAGAAAGAAAGAGAUUUGGAACACCUCAACAACCUGCUCUCACACAACGAAGAGACCAUUAAUAGCUUUGACACUCUCAUAAAGGAGAGAGAUCUUGAGCUACAGCAGCUCUUGAAAUCUUUGAAGAAUCUUCAGAGGUGUAAAGACGAGACUGAAGAUAAUCUACAGAGAGCUUUGAGAGAGAAAGACUCUAUUAUACAACACUUACAACAGGCCCUGGACAACAAAACAAAAGACAUGGAGGAGAUGGCCAAUUCAGUUGUAACCCAAUCAGAAUCUCAGGGUCGGGACCUGGCAGAGCAGAUGAGUCAGAGGUUAAAGGUUACAGAGGUCAUGCUGUCAGAGGCGGUAAAGGACCAAGAAAGGCUUGUGACUGAGAAUCAGACCGCUGUUGAAAACCUGUUGGCGACCAUCAGCAGCAAAGACCAGCUACUGAGGGAGAGUGCGGAGCGUCAUACACAGGCUUUGAAUGAUCGCCGCGCUGAACUGCAGGAUCUGUGCAGACAGCUUGCAGACAUGCAGAUGCAGCUCAGAAAUGCACAGAAACUGAGCACCACAGCAACACAAGAGGGUCACCUAGAGACAGCUGAGCUCCAUGCCAUGUUGGCGGAGAAGGAAGCUCUCAUUAUUAAACUGUUAGAACGUGGGCAGGAGAAAGAUCGCAUCCUGUUGGAAAUGAGAACAGGUGAAGCUCCGCCCCCUCAGGUGCUGGAGUUAAGACAGACCAUUCAGGUGCUGCAGGAUAAACUUGAGGAGAGGGAAGCUGAGCUGAGCAGAAGAAACAGUGAGGAAACUCUGGAUACAACUACAGUCAAUAAGAAAUCGGUGGUAGUUUUGAAGAAAGAGCUCACACAGAAAACAGAAGCUCUGAACGCAGCACUGAAGAGAGAGAACCAGCUCAAGAUAUCACUAGCAGAGCUUCGGUCUGUGGUCUCAGAACUGGAGUCACGAUUAGAGGGACAGACAGCCAAUACUGACUCCCUUGCAUCUACACUCAACACUAAAGAGGAAAUUAUCACUGAGCUGCACCAGCGUUUGUCUCAGCGAGGAGACAGCCGACCUACUCUGACCUAUGAUCAAGCUUUGCGACCUGGUGAGGCUGAAUCCAGUCUCACUUCCCUCCCUCAGAGAGAAAGAACCAUCAUCGGAGGAGAUCGCCAACCGGAGAAUUUGGCAUCUCUGUCAGAUCUUCGGACUGAGCAGGCGGAGUUAAACUGCGCUCUGAAAGCUGAGCAACAUCUCUACUCCAACCUCAUCAGAGCCGUCAAAGAGCAGGACAGUGUUGAGAGGCUGCAGGCUUUACAGUUGGAGCUCACAGUGGUGUCACUCCUCAGACAGCAGCUGGAGAGCGGCAUUCAGAUGAACACUGAGCUGAGAGAUCAGCUACAGAGGGAGAUCCAUAGAGCCAAUCAGAGAGAAGAUUCAAACCCUUCUGAGUUAGAGAGCAUGCGUGACGCACUGGAGGAAGCCCAGCGCUGGAACACCUCUCUGCAAGCCCGACUGGGGCAGAUUCAAAACCGAGGUGGUGGGGUCGGACAGGCCAAUGAUUCUGUGGACACACUGAGUUUGAUUGGCGAGCAGACGUCCUACAUGAGUAUAUGUAUGGGGGAGGGGCCAGAGGAGGAGCUGCAGCACUUGACUGUGGAGCAACUCAGACUAAAGGUCUCAGAGCUACAGGCAAUAAAUGCCGAACUACAGAAGAGACUGGAACUUAUGGAGAAAGGCAUUGUGGGUAAUGAUCCAAGAGACUCUCAGAAAGAGCCAGACCUUAUCAAACGUUCAACUCCUAGCAAGAUAUUAAAGCAAACGCAGGAAGAGCUGCUGCCUACCGCUAAAGCUGUCUUGACACUAACGCCUAAAAAUGCAAAGGAGAGAUAUGAUGAGAGAGAUCGUUCUCCAAAGGCUUGGGGUGAAAGUCAUCAGCAAUUACAAACUCUGAGAGAGCAAAGUGCCCCAUCAACCAUGUCCAGACUCCUUAAUGAUGAAUCCAAAAAAGCAGAACUCCAAUCUCUCCUUACAGAGUGUGGGGCAGAGUCAGUCGCUCAUCUUAGGGUGCAAGUGGCCAAACUUCAGUCAGAAACUGUAGAACUCCGUGGACUCUUGAAGGAAGAAAAUGCCACUGAGUCCAAAGAGAGUGCAGAGAGUUCUGGAGAAAGUGAUAGGGAUGGCGACUUACGGGAAACUGUCAAGACACUUCGUUCAGAGGCCAAAGUUUACCGAAAGGUCAUCCGACUGCUAAAGGAGCAGCUCCAGCAGAACUUGGCAUCGGAUGCUGGAAGUCAAUUCGUCCCGGAGAUGAUUGUCAGCUCGGCAAAUGAGAUGGAAAGACAACGAGUAGAAUAUGAAGACUCACAGAGGCACAAUCACACACAGCAGAAAGAGGGCAAGCAAAGAGAAAAGAAAGAAAUGGAAGAAAAAGAAGGGAGAAGAAAGCAGGGCCAAAACACUAAACCCAUUAAGCGUCAGAAGCAGCACAUGACCAGACAUGCAGCUUAUGUAAGAUCCCGUCUCCCGGUACCAGUGAGGCCUAUUAGGAGUUCUGGGCAGAGUUCUGAGGAUCUUAGUGAGGUGAUUUCACACCACGUUCACCCCAGAAAUAGAGACCUCACUGAGGCGGAAGAGUCUGACUACAGCACCGACAGCAAGAUGUCUUUGAGGUUAUCUCAGGAUGAGCAUCUGGAAUUUGAUGAUGUUAAAGACCCCAGGCUUAGUCCAACAAUCAGGACUAAGCAGAACACUGACGUCGGACAGAACCCAGACCAGAAUCUGGAAUCUGAGCUCAUUGCGCAGUUAGAGCUGCUAAAUCAAGAAUGCCAGGAGAAGGAGGAGCUUAUCUCUCACCUUCAGCAACAAGUCCAGGAUUGGGAGGAGCUUCAGGCAGAGCUGCAAAAGAAAGACAGACUCAACCAAGAAUACCUGGAGGCUCUGCAAGAGGCAGAGUCCACCAUUACAAAUCUCACUGCAUGCAACCUGGACUCUUGUGGUUUAAGUCAAACAGGAGAUGUGUCAUUGCAGCAACGGUGUGAAGAACUUCAAAAAGCUGUUGAGGAGAAAGACAGUCUCAACGUGCAGCUUUUAGAGUGUUUGAACACAGCAGAGUCUGCCAUCGCAUCACUCCGAAAUGUGGACACAAAGAGCAGCUACACAGAUCGAGCCCAUGGUGAGAUUGACCCACAGGUUCUGUGCAAGAGGCUUGAGGAGCUAAUUAGACCGGUAAGAUCUUCUCAGCAGUGUGAGGACAGUGUAAGCCCAGGCAAUUCUGACCUGCAACGGCAGGUGGAAUCACUGCAGGAGUCGCUGUUGCAGCAGUGCAGACUGAAUUCGGUGUUGCAGGAGAAGCUCAGAACUGCAGAAGUGGCUGUUAAAAAGUAUUUUGUAACGGUCAACGCCAAGCACAACAAUGCCCCCACAGGUGUGGAUGGGAAACAUACCCCAGAACCUAAAGAAGGAAAGGUCCCAUCAUGGCAGCAGCAGCAACUGACUAACUGUCUAUCGGAGUGCAUAAGAGCUGCCGAAGGGGCUGUUCAGUCUCUUGCAGAUGUUUGCUCAGGGCAAAAUCAGUCUCAAAAGAACUCAUACAGUUCAGAGUUUCAACAAUGGCUUGACAGGCUACAACAUGCUCUGCUCGAGAGAGAGUCUUUUGAGGACCCAGCCUGUUCUGAGAGAUACCAACAAAAGACAAGCACACCUAUUCUGCAAGGCCAAGAUAACCAAGAGAGUUCUAAAACAUUACGGCAACAGUAUUUACUGGAAUCCGUCUCCUCGCACCAGAAUCUUCAUAAGAACCUCUUGAUGCUUCUUCAAGUCCAAAUGGAGCAUGCUCAGAAAUUGACCAAAUUCGAGGAGGGAGCUAAAGAAAAUAUCGGUGGGUGUGGCCAUAGUGGAGGAGGUGGAGAAAUGACUCAGAAGGAAUGUCUGGAAAGGGACGACCACAUUGAGAGAUUGCAGAAAUUAGAGAAGAAACUGCCGAUAGCUCAGUCCGUUAUUGCUGGGCACAGUUCAAGUGAGGAUAAACAAUCUGAUCGGCACAAAGCACCCCCUGGUGAACGGGAUGAUAAAGGGGUGCAAGUGGACGCGCAGGACCUUGGGUAUGAAACAAGUGGAAGGAGUGAGACGGAGAGAGAGGAGGGCAGUAGCACAGAUGUGGACGGGGUUUUGCGGUUGGUUCCUGCUCUGUCUCCUGUCCUCCAGGGGACUCAGGACAGAUUCUUUAUUGACACUACAGCAUCCAGCCCUUCGUACCCCAGCUCUCCAGGCCUGAGCUCUCCUCGACCCUGCGAUUCUAGCGCUGUCCCAUCUGAACCUAAUGCUGACCCCGCCGUGCUCCGCCAGCACCUCAGAUCACAGGUUGAAGGUCAACACAGAAUCAUCCAGCACCUCCAGCGUCAGCUAGGAAAGAAGUCUUUGUCAUCGGAGCUCUUGAGCUUGACCACUGACUCAGCAUGUGCUGAGGAAGAAGCGGAUAUGAAGCUGAUGAAGUCCCAGCUGAGCACAGAGCUGGAGAAAGAGAGAACUCUGAACAGAACCAGCCAAUCAGGCUCUCCAUCUAGACCUCUGAAGGUGUCCUGUGAUCUGGGGAAUUUGGAGCUCAGAGGGGCUCUGGAGGAGUUGCUUCAGCCCAGCGAGAUACACUCUGUUCAGGGCACCCAAAUCAAAGAGCAGCUGGACCGCAGCCUUGGCCUGUUGGAGAAACUAGAGCAAGUUUCAUCAGGAGGUGCUCACAUGGAUAAUGAGGGGGUAGAGUCAGAGGUGGCACUCAGACUGUCUGCAGAAAUGUUGGAGAAAGACCGGCUCAUUCAGUGCUUGCAAGAUCAACUCCGAAAGCAAUUUCCCAGAAUGCAGCAGUACUCAGACACUGAGAUGAGUGCCAGGCUAUCAAGUGAUGGCACCUCUUCCUUCCAUGGCAGCCCUCAUGCUGUCCACAGGGUUCACACAGGACUGAAGGUGACCAAUAGCAAUGCAUCUCCAGAUACGGGGCUGGGACCCAGGGGUGUGGCUGUUGAAGAGGGCGUGUCUGGAGGUGGUGAGGGGAGUGUCCAAAUGAUGCAGCAUGAAAACGGGCAGCUACAGGAGCAGCUGAGGAGCAGCGAGGAGCUGAACGCUACACUCCGCAGUGAACUGGACCUCACCCGCUCCAUCCUCAAACACAACACUCCAUCCAAAACCUCACAGAACCGAACCACAGAGAAACAGCCAGAGCAGCAGAACACAUCAGCCAGCAUGAGAGUCACAUCUGAUCUGUUGGUGGAACACUUGCUGGAGAUCCGAGCGUUGCGUCAGCGUCUUGAAGAGACGAUCAGAACCAACGAGAGACUCCGAGAACAAUUAGAGAGAAAAUUACAGGAAGCUGAGAAAGACCCAGCCACCAACAUUAUCAUUGCUGGUUCUGAGGAUCAGGCUCACUUCAGCAGUGAACUUCACUUCCUAUUAGCACAGAACCACGCACUCAAAGAGCAGCUGAACCAGGGAGCACGAGAUAAGCAGAAAGAGAAUGAUCGGCUGAGAGAGACUCUGGCUAGAAGAACAUCUAAACUGGAGCGGAGCAGAAAAGAGUGUGAAACGCUAAAACAAGAGCGAACGCUGCAACAGGACAACCUGUACAGAUUGCAGUGUGAAAACUCUCAUCAGAGGCAGCAGUUGUCAGACACUCAACAGCUUCUGCAGUCUGUGCGUGUUGAACUACAAAUACAGGAACAUAUCACGCACUCCACGCACACGGGAGAGGGGCAUGAUUCAGGAUCUGCCGUGGAUCUGAGUGAGUUAUUGGCUGAGAUCAGACAGCUGCGUGUGCUUUUAGAGAGAAGCAUCCAGACCAACACAACACUCAGACAGAGACUAGAACAACAACUACUGACCCGCACAGACCCCAAAUCUACCAUCAACAUCAACUACCUGCUGCCUAACACAGAUGAAGCUGGUAAAUUAUAUGCUCUUCACUCACAGACAGACCCGUCUAGUGCUGUACAUGACAGCGGUAGUUCAGCAGACAGCGGCUCCCAUGCUCCGUCCCGGCUGGUUCCGGGUCAUCGGCUCUGGGUGGACCGGUGUGGCCGGCAUGUUCUGGGGUUGAUUGAAGAUUAUAACGCCCUGCGCAAACAGAUCAAUGAAGCCAAAAGACUCAAUGCAGACAUAGACAAACAUAUACAGGUCUGCAGCAGGACUGUAGAUCAGUUUCAUGUGAAGAGUUUCUCCAGCAGUGUGAACACUUUGCAGCACGUUCUAGAGGAGGCCGCACAACUUCUCAAACUGCUCUGGAGAGUCUCAGUUCCCUCAGAUGGCGGCACACACUCUCAACAGGAUGAGCUGUUUAAGAGCGAGAUCUCUCAUCUGAAGGGUCGUCUCUCACAGCAGGAGAAGAUGUUGACUGGAGCUGUCAAACGCCUGAGAUCCACCAAUCAGCUGAAAGACGGCAUGGAGCGUGUCAUCAUAGACCAGUUGUCUCUUGCUCACAGUGUGUUGAAAAGAGCCAGAGGAAACCUGGAGGACGUCCCACUGAGUGGCCAGUGACCAAUGAGAAAACGGCUACUAUGUCCAGACAGUGAAAUUUAGUGAAGAACGCCUCACAUUGCAGCUCUUUAUUUAUUUUCUACUUUUUGAGGUACACCAAUGCAAUACAGGACACGCAAGUCACUUUUGACAUGGCUGUAAAAGGGAAAUGUUUUUAUUUUGUAAAUAUUUUAAAAAAACUUGCUGUUUAAAACCAUUUAAGGACAAACAUUUUAUAAAACUUUAUUCACUGCAUUUGUCCAUGUUGUACAGCCCUGUCUAAAAUGUAAUACUUUGAUGCAAGUGGGUGAUACAUGCACAUUAAAUGCUCAUGUAAAUGCAUCAAUCUGUCCUUUAUGUUUCUAUAAAAGAUCCUUUACAACACUAGCUCUCCAUUCUGUGGAAAAGUUUAAUUAUAGGUUAAAUAGUAUUCCAUGUUUUCAAUCUUCAGUAAAAGGUUAGCACACUUUAAUGAAAUCAGACCCUUUGCAUCAUUGUUAGUUUAUUAUGGUUAAUAAGACAAAUAUAUUGGCAAUAAGCCCAUGGCAUAUAACAAAAGUCUAAAAUUGUUGUAUUAUAUACAUGUAACUACAAAGGACCCUGGAGAAAAUUACUUUUAAAUAGAAAAGACUCUCUGUGUAGUCCAGGUAAGAAACCUUGGCACCAUAAAGACUCAGAAUCACUCUGAUUCAUUAUGUGAAGUUUAACGAAUCCAUUCAAAUCUCUCAUUUUACAGCAGUAAAUUUGAGAUGUUUGCGUAUCUAACGUUGAAUAUGCCGGUCAAAGGCUUGGACAAGCUGGAUGAAAGGCUCCUGGCCCUCCAGCGUGCCCUUAGAUCCCGGUGUGGGUGGUUUGGUUUGUGGAGAAGGAAGCAGCCCGCUGGCGGGGGAGGAUGGGGAACCUCGUCGGAAAAAUUUAAAUAAUGUCGACAACAAUGUACUCCGAUAGAAAAAAUAAAAACCGAAUUAAGCAAGUUAAAAACAAGGAACUGAUUCUGAUUUACUUACAGGCCAUAAAACCACCAUAUAAUUCAUUAAUGUCCACGCAGAAUAAAAUGAGGUUCCAGUAAUGUUGGAGAUAUGGUGGUUUGUAACUGGUUUACACUCGAGUAUAACCAUCAUAAUUAUUACAUACAAAAAACAUUUCAAAGUAAUUUGAGUCAUGAAUAUUACGUUUUCUUAGUUAGCCCAUUUGACCAACAAAAUGUCUUUCAUUGAAUGUCAAAAUAUCAGAAUUUUU